AUGUCUUUGACACGCAGCUGGAACAUAAAUCAGGGGGUGCAAGCGGAAUUGAGAAAUACUAAACUGUCCACUUCUACUACCAACCGUCUACGUGAUCAACGACCACUCAUGGCACCAAAACAUGGACUAGUUCGACUAUGGAAGACCAAGGGUCAACAAAUUUUCACGGGCCAUCUAUCGAACAAGGACCACGCCGCAUGUCGUUUAGUAUGUCGCAAGUUCGCUACUUAUCUCACACCAAUCCUCUUCGCGGACAUUGAAGUCCGGUUUCGUAGCAAUAGGGAGACCUUCUUACCUCCAAUCCUGGAUCCAAUUAUGGGUAUAGAACAGAUCUUCAUCUACAAACCACAACGGCGCCAACUUGAUAGCAGUAGCCCUAGGUAUAGCAGCGGGCAAAUGACAGAGCUGUUAGUCAAUCAGUAUCCGCCUCCCAAGCAUAUACCAACAUCCCAUCACCUGUCCAAGCAUUGA